AUAUCACUUAUAUUUGAAAUUUUUACAAAAUAGAAAUAUCUCUAAACUUGUGAAUUUUUACAAUAUGUAAAAUAGCUCUAAGUCAGGGUGAGAAAUCCUUUAAAAGCUUUCUGAACUUUAAAAACAAAACAAAACAUUGAGUGCUAAAAAGGCACUGCCUUAUCUCAAGAACCAGCCUUAUAGUCGGCUGUUUCCUUUUUUUUUUUUUUUUUAAGUAAAAUAUCAAAUGCUGAUGACCUUUACUUAACUAAAGUAAUACUAAUCACAGUUCAAGUGAGUUUGGUUGGAUAAUCUCACAAUGUUGAACUAUAUGAUAACCAAUCACAACUUCUGACAUCAUGAGUCCUCCCCUUGAAACUUAUGAGUUUUUCCCUUUCUCCACCUACUUCAACUGUUCCCACAAACUUGGUGACACUCAAAAAAGUUGCCAGCAAAAUACUAGGAUUUCAGACAACUGAGGACAUAUUUCACUACAUGUUCACAAUUAUCUGAACAGCCAAGGUGAAAAUUCUACAUUUAAAAAAGAUCAAAUAUUCAAAGACCAACAUCCAUAUUUUUUUAAAAUCUGAACAAUUCAAAGCCACAAACACCUCUUUGCCUUCCUAGUGUCAUGGAGAAAGUCCAGUACCUCACCCGCUCUGCCAUAAGAAGAGCUUCAACUAUUGAAAUGCCCCAACAAGCUCGUCAAAAUCUCCAGGAACUCUUCAUAAAUUUUUGUCUUAUAUUAAUAUGUCUGUUGCUUAUCUGUAUCAUUGUGAUGCUUCUCUGAAGUUCUGAUACAACUUCCAAGUCCACUCUCCUUCAAUGUAGAUCUAAAACCUAUUAUGCAAAAAGGAAAAAAACUGAAACUGUACAAGAAACCAAUUUUCUGGGUAUAAGAAUAUUCCCAUGAAAAAGAUGCAAAUGAUCAACUGACAUAUUCUCCUCCUGCUGGAUCCUUUAAACUUGGGAAACAUUUCUUUGAAGAAGUUAUUUACAACGAGCAAUAGCUUAAUUAUGCAUGAUACAAUUGUGUUUUUUUAUUAGGAACUGCUUACAAGAGGCUUUGUUUUCUAAAUCACAUUUCGGGUCAAAUUCACUUUAUAUUCAAAGUAACCAUUGCACUGUUUUGGGGAUCGAAUUUGUAUUUUAUUGUUAUACUCAUCAGAUAUUAAAAUUUUCAGUGUUGACAAUAAUUACCAAAAUAGCAAUUCAAAAUAAUACUUCACCAAAACUGAAGCUUUUUAUAAUCACUUCAACUUUAAAAUAUUCACAAAAAUUUUAGGUAUACCUUAGGGUUUUUUUUAGUUAUUGUUUAAAAAUCACACAUUGCUGAAGUUAAAAAUAAAAAAACUAGAUUUUAUCCUAUACUAAAUUUCACCUUCAUCUAGAGAAGAGGUAAAAGAAUAUAAAGAAAAAUGCAUAUCCCUAAAUUUACCUUAUAUUAAAAAGUUUUCUAUUACUUGCAGCUCCAGUUAAUUCAUCAUGACUACUUCAUUCAAAUUAUUAAGUCAAUCAUAUCUAUUCUCCUUCCUAAGGUAUUAUGUUCUGGUAGAUAAGGGGAAACAAGUCAAUCUGUGAGGGUGAUUAGCCUUGGCAAAGGAAAUGUUCUUCAAGGCAGUUCUGCCUAAAAUUGAGACAUAAGAAAUCUUUAUUGAGCACCACUUUAUUUAAGACACUAUAGUGACAUUAAGGUCCAGAGGUAGACAAGACAGAGAUGCUUUUUCAUGUGUUCUUUUG